GACAUUGUGGGAUUUGUGGGUUGAAGAGGAUUUGUGAGUUGUGGGAGUGAGGAAGAUUUUGGUGGGACUCAAGGGAAGAGGGGGUGGCCCACUUUGGAGUUCCAUUAUUUUCUUCUAUAUCCAAUCUCUCUCUCUCCACCCCCACGAGAUUGAUUUUUUUUUUUUUUUGCUUUGGUUGUUGCUUCCUUCUCUAAUUUGGAUUCUUUUGUGUGAUAGAUCUUUAAUCUGUUGGGUGUACCUAAUUUUGCUUCAAUCCCAACCACCCAGAUCUCUCUUUCUCACCUUAUUAUUCUCAAAGGAUUGUUUUUGUUUCUGAAAUAGCUCAGAGAUUUGUAGAUAGCCUUCUUUGUAUCUAGACUCCUCUCUUUGUUUUUUUUAUCACCUCUUUUGGAUUUUUAAGUGUCAGAUACCCAUUAUAGAUCUGAAUUUUCCCACCUCUUCAUUAACUUUCUUGCGUCAUCCAAGAAUACCCAUUUACUCUCUCUCUUUAUAUAUAUAGCUAUAUAUAUAUGUAUAUAUGUGCAUAUGCAUAACUGCUAUUUUGGGUGUGUUGUGAUGUAUGGUUCUUUAAUUGGAAGAAUGCAGUGAAGUAACUCUUGCUAUUUCUAUAGGUUUAUGGACUGAGAUAUUCAACUUCCACUCAAGUUUGUUCUUGAAGUGUGAGGUGUCAACAGAUAGUCCUCACCUAUUUUAGUUAGACUUUGACAAGGAGGCCCACUGUUGGGUUUGGUGGGCUUCAACUAAACAAUAAGAACCCAAUUUUUGAAAGGUAUCUUGAGAUCCCUUUCACUUUUUUUAAAGGAGGGUUGUGAAGAAGGGAAGAAGAGAGUUUCUUUUUAUAUCCCCCCAUUGCUUUUCCAGGAUUGGUUCCUUACAUUUGAUCCUCCCUUAUCAUUUAUGCCAACCCAUUUGAGAAUUCCACUUUUUUCCAAAUGCUUUUCUUCUUGAUCACUUGCAUCUCUUUCAUCCUUCUUUGUAAGUCCUUUCCUUUCAAGCCACUUCCACCAUGGGCAUGUGAGCUGAGAUAUUUAUCCCGCUGGUUUUGGAAAGAUUUAACCUUUUUUCCGGUCACCAAGUCGAAAAAGAAUAGGCUGUCCGGUAGUUCCAUUCAAAUUCCCUCAAAAUUUUCGAUGAAGAAGAAGACUUUUAGCUUGAGCAAUGAAAAUGUUGAGAUGGCAGGUGAUACGUCUGUAUUGGACUUGCCUGAAUUGGUGUUGGAAUGCAUUCUUGAGAGGCUUCCACCUGAUGGGCUUUGUAGAAUGGCAGGUGUUUGUAGUUCACUGAGAGAGAGAUGUGUGAGUGACCAUCUGUGGAAGAAGCAUAUGAAACACAAAUGGGGUAGAAUUAUAGGCGAGGCCGCCCACCGAGAGUGGCAGUGGCAUCUUGCCUCGAGGAAGGACUCCGACUUCUUUGAGAGAGGCGGGCAAAGAGGCUUGAUGAGGUCUCUUUCUCGUCUCUGGCCUCUUUCAUUGAUUAGAUCAGUUCUUGACAAUGGUAUUAAGAAGAAGAGUUCUUUGCCAGCUGACUCAAUUAUGUCUUGGUAUCUCUCUCUUGAGAGUGGCAACUUCUGGUUUCCUGCUCAGGUCUAUAACCGUGAGAAUGGGCAUGUUGGAUUUAUGUUGUCAUGCUAUGACGCGGAGCUUAGCUAUGAUCGGCGCACUGAUACUUUCGAAGCCAGGUACCCACCUCAUGGAAGGAGGGCAGCUGUAAUAGAGAAGAGUGUGACGUGGGAUAGGCUAAGGGCAUCCCCUGUCAGUACUUCUCCACAUGAUCUUCAUACCUCCGACUGUUUGAACGAAUUACGCCCUGGUGAUCACAUUGAGAUUCAGUGGAGAAGAAAUAAAGAAUUCCCUUAUGGUUGGUGGUAUGGUAUUGUAGGUCACUUGGAAUCUUGCGACAGGAAUGCAAAUUACUGCCGUUGUCACCAUAGUGACACCGUGGUACUGGAGUUCAACCAGUACACUCCUGGUUCACGAUGGAGAUGCACGAACAUCAACAGGAAAGACCAUAGGGAAGAAGGAAAUGAGGCAGAUGGGUUUUAUGGUGGAAUUCGGAAACUCAAAGGCAGCGAUGAGAUUUCCAUGUGGAGGCAGCUGUGGCCAGCUGAAGUCUUGGAAUAGGGGCGUCGAACUGAAAAAGUCUGUCUCCUCCUAUUAGCGAAUUUUCAGUUUUUCACUUUAUGUUAGUGAUUUAUAGAAUCAAAACUGGCCUUUCUUCUUAGUGGCAUGAAAGUGGAGGCCUUGCUCAAAUAUUUUCCACUUUUUUUCCCCUUUCCUUUCAAAUUUUUAUUUCAGUGCCUGGGUGGGAGAAUUUACUAGUGUAUUUCAAGCAAACUAUGCAAACUCCUCACCUCAAAUGGAACUCUGAUGUCCCAUAAUUACCAUGAUAUAUACAAGUUUUAGUCAGUAAUA